GUCAGUGCAUCUUUCGUCUUACAUGACCUCGGUAGUGUGCAUUAAGCUUGACAUUCUUUUACGUACACAUGGCAGUCAGUGUUUACAUGUCAGGUCACGGCUGGCUCUAGAUUAUGGGAUUAGUGCAGGCAGUACUACUGUAUUAUGGGCGCUCAGUUCUAAGGGUGCCAGCUAUAGACCAAUAGCUCUGGGUUUUCAGAAUACGAAGAAAGCUGGAGAAAGGAUGUGACUGCACAGCAUAGCACUUCCAUCGCAAUCAUCAUUCGAGGAACCCCCCCAGCAGCUCUGUCAGGGUAUUGUAAACUGCUUCUUCUGAGGGGAACACCCUAAAUACUGGAUUCCAUUCCAAGCUUUGACCUUGUCCCAUUAGCAGGAGAGCCAGGCAAUUCGGGAGACAGUGAAGAAGAAAGGGAACGUAUCGCGAGUGGAAUUUCCCAGCUUUUCAAUAUCCAGUGGAAAAAAAGGGAGUUAUUCAAUGAGUAAUAUUAUGAACCCCAAAGCUAACAAGGAAAUACAUUUAUUUUAAAUUACUGUUCCAGACCUAGACCUAUUUCUCAGCAAAUAGAUUGGGUUUCCUUCUAUCGGAGGAGAAUACAAUUCUAUGCACCAUGAGCACCCGUGCAGUUCCCUAUCAACACAACUCGUACAGCGCAGGCCGUGGCUCCUCAGUGAUUCAGUGUUACAGGUGCCGAGAUGUCUGCAAGGGGGAAGUGGUGAGAGUGCAGCACACCCACUUCCAUGUCAAGUGCUUUACCUGCCAUGUGUGCGGAUGUGACCUGGCCACAUCGGGCUUCUUCCAGAAGAACGGGGAGUACAUCUGCACUUCGGACUACCAGCGGCUGUAUGGGACACGGUGUGACAGCUGUGGGAACUUCAUCACUGGGGAGGUGGUCUCAGCUUUAGGCAGGACCUAUCACCCUAAGUGCUUCGUCUGCAGCGUCUGCAGGAAAGCUUUCCCCAUUGGAGACAGAGUGACUUUCAGUGGAAAAGGCUGUGUUUGCCAGCAGUGCUCUCAUAUCCUGGCCAGCAGCAAUGAACCUGUGAAGAUUCACGGACCAAGCCAUUGUGCUGGGUGUAAAGAGGAGAUCAAACAAGGACAGUCCCUAUUAGCGUUGGAGAAACAGUGGCAUGUGAGCUGUUUCAAGUGCCAGACAUGUGGAAUUGUGUUGACAGGAGAGUACAUCAGCAAGGAUGGCGUUCCAUACUGUGAGUCCGAUUACCAUUCCCAGUUCGGAAUUAAAUGUGAGACCUGCGAUAGAUAUAUAAGUGGAAGAGUAUUAGAGGCUGGUGGAAAGCACUACCACCCAACAUGUGCGAGAUGUGCUCGCUGCAAUAUGAUGUUUACAGAAGGGGAAGAGAUGUAUCUCACAGGAUCUGCGGUUUGGCACCCACAGUGUAAAAAGGCUGCGAGGGCUGAGAGGAAACUCAAGCACAGACGUACUUCUGAAACCUCAAUUUCUCCACCUGGGUCCAGCAUUGGCUCUCCGAACCGUGUCAUUUGCGCAAAGGUGGAAAACGAGAUCCUUAAGUACAAAGAUCUCGCUGCUCUUCCUAAGGUUAAAGCUAUAUAUGACGUUCAGCGGCCCGAUCUCAUUUCCUAUGAGCCCUAUCACAGAUACACCUCAGAUGACACGCUAGAAAGAUACAGCUAUGGGGAGUCUCUGGGAACCCUUUCACCAUACUCACAGGACAUUUAUGACAGUAUUGAUCUGAGACAGAGAAGGGCAUCCAGCCCCGGAUACAUAGACUCCCCGAGUUACAGUCGUCAGGGAAUGUCACCCACUCUGCCUCGCUCUCCUCAGCACUAUUACCCAUCAGGCACUGAAAGUGGCAGAAGCUCUCCAUAUUACAGCCAGGCCGAUGUCAAGUCUGCCACUCCCACCACGUACCAAGCUCCUAAACAUUUCCAUGUGCCAGCAGCAGCAGAACCAAACAUCUACAGGAAACCCCCCAUCUAUAAGAGAUAUGACAACCACCACUUUGCAGGAACGAAAAGCAAGACCAGCGAGGAUAUUUUUCAGUAUUCCAAAUUCCCAGCUGCCUACUCUCCACACCACUAUGAGCAAUCUGAAUCAGACUACUAUCAUUACUCAGGUUCUCCAAAAGCCCCAAGAGCUCGGAGAUUCUCAUCGGGAGGAGAGGAGGAUGGCUGGGAUCACAGCCUCCACAGGAUCCAGAGUAGCAUCGGCAGAAUGAUUCUGAAGGAAGAGAUGAAGGCGCGCUCCGGUUCCUAUGACAACGACCCCUGGGCCAGCGCUCGCAACUCCCGCAGCGGCAGCAAGGAGACCCUGCAGAGCAUUGGAUAUGAGCCGUCAAUGAAUGGAUCUCCCCGGUCUCACUACACAGCUGAUAGCGAUUCUGUUAUUUCUAAGUCAGCCUCUUUGCCUGGUUAUGGAAGAAAUGGCUUACACCGGCCGCAAAGUGCUGAUUACUUCCAGUAUGACAGCAGCAAUGCAGUGAACUGGGGAAUGAGAGAAUACAAGAUUUAUUCUUAUGAAGCGCUAUUAGUAACCACCAGGGGGCGAAACAGGCUGCCAAAAGAAGUAGACAGAGCCAGGUUAGAGCGCCAUUUGUCUCCAGAGGAGUUCUACCAUGUGUUUGGAAUGACAAUCGCAGAUUUUGACCGCUUGGCCUUGUGGAAGAGGAAUGAGCUGAAGAAACAAGCACGGCUGUUUUAAAAGCAAACACAUUAUUGUGUUUAAUACCUUAUACUCUUAAGAGAAGGGACUCAUCAAGACGAAACCGUGAACAAAGUUACAGCCAGAAUGCAACACUGUUUUAAACCCAUCCCCCCCCCCCCCCCCCCUUUGCAAAUGUAUUGAACUUUUUUUUUGUAUUCCAUUUAUAGAUUCUGCCCUUUGUAAAUAUGUCUUCCCAAUUCUCUUAAGAGCUAAAUAGAUAUUGUAGCAUUUGGGCUUUUUCUUAUGGGUUGCAUCUGCAUAGCAGCAAGCUGUAUGACUAGAAUAUUAAUAACAUAUCAGCCAGUGUAUCUGACUGUUUCAGAGUGAAAAAUGCAGCAUCACUUUUUACCUUUCAAGAAAUGUAAUGCAUUUUAACAGAAACGUCUCACAAAAAUAUAUUGGCAUUAUAUAUAUUUUAAUUCAUAUUUGUGUCUGUGUGUGUGUGUGUGUGUGUGUGUCUGCGUGUUCGGUCAGGUUAUAAGCAUCACAUGUUUUUAACAAUUCCAUAACCCUUUCCCUAAAACCUUGUUAUUCCAAUGGAGCACAUUAAAUGAAUUGUUUCAAUAAUGUUUGAAUGUGUUAUUUGUAAAUUAUACAGCUUUAGCACCAUGUUUUUGUGGCUCAUACCUUCACCAUACACAUGUUUCAACCCAUUGAAAAUGAUUGUCACAAAGCAGUGGCACAUAAGAGAAUGUAUUAAGGUCUCCAGGAUUGUCAUGCAUUGAAACACUGUGCUGUAUGGUGGCUCUGGUGUACCACAGGGCAUGCAACCCAAGUACCCAUACUGGGGAUCUUUACGUGAGUGGAUUGUAGGUUGCCUUGUAUUUUUUUUUUUUUUUUUUGCAAGCUAUCAAUGCUUUCAGAAAAAGACACCAAAAAAAAAGUUUUUUGGUUUUAUAUUUUAUUUUUUAAAUGGGUUUGCUUCUGUUUCUAAAGACUACUUUUUUUUUUGCCUGACUGGAACUCCUCCUAACCCCUUCCUCGUAGUUUAUAAUGUUAGAGGGAGGUUGUGUGUUUUUUCUUGCAUUUAAAAAGAAGUUUGUAUUCUUCGUUUUAGUUUUGGAUGACUCUACUGACGCAAAACGAAAUGUAAUCUGUCAAGCUACAUUUGCUGGCCUUUUGUUUUAUUUUAUUGUAUCCAGUCCCAGGAAUAUGUUAACAGGGACACUUCUGCUUAUAUCAUAUGAUAUUAACACCAAUGUCGGUUGUUAAUUGAUGCCAUUAAUGGUUGUGGAUUGUUUGAGGGGCAGCACAAAUUGCACAGCUACAGUAAGCUGCAGGUAUCCUUGCGCUUUUUUGUUGGUGUAGUGCACCUGUGUUAUAAAUAACUUCUGGUAAUUAAGAGGGAAUUUUUAAAUUGUAUUUUUUUUUUUUUUGUAAUGAUCUACAGCACCUAGUUACUUUAUUUAUCUGUCAGUAAUGUAUCAACAUACUAUGUAUAAAUAAAAAUGCCGUUUAAAUAAAAGAAUACCUGUCUU